AAACUACAACUAUAUACAUAUUGACAUAUUUUCACGCAAUACUUUAGAAAAUAUAUCAUUUUAUUCUCAAAAUACUUACCCGUAUAACAAAUUUAUUAGCCACAAAAUUGUCACUGCUUGGAAAAUGGCUCAAAAGAGUGGUAAUUUUUCGAUAGCAUCAAUAGUGUUAAAAACUAUCGAUAGUAGACCGAAACCCAAAAACCAUUACUAUUACUACUUAGAUAACGAAUGCAAUUCUUCUUUUUCAGAAACCAUGUUUUAGAUGCGUUACCUCAUAUUGGAAGCACGGCUUCUUAUCAACUCAUGCGCGACCUACUUCUGACAGAUAGUGUAUCUAAAAAAAUGGCUGUAAAUUGGCUUAAGACAUUAUCAUUUAUUCAACGACCCGAUGAGGAUACAGUUGAAACUUUUUAUACUAUUCUUGAGUUCUCUCGAAGCAAAGCUGAGCCAGAAUAUACUUUGAGUGCCUCCUCGGUUAUACAUAGCUACUGCCGAUAUAAUGCUGAGUGUGGGCAGAAUAUGCGUGUUAAAUGGAUUAUACAGUCUCUUGAAUCAGACUUUAUUCAAAUUUUCAACACGUUCCGCGGCGAGCUGCGUUUAUAUAAACGAAUGAUUGCGAUUCUAAAAGGGCUUGGAAAUAUCGGAAUACUAUCAGAACAUUUUGUUGAGCAGCUGCAGAAAAUCAUACCGGAAAAUUUUCCACCACUUAGUAUACGUUUAGAAGCAAUUUUCGCAUUUAGGCGAUCGAACUGCGAAAAAUAUCGUUCAUUUUUUUUAGACGUUUACGAAAAUUUUACUAUUAAUUCAGAAGUACGCAUCGCAGCUUAUUUACAGGCAAUGAUUUGCCCCGAUCACUUUUCAAUUAAUAAAAUAAAGAAUGUUUUAAAAAUGGAGGAAAUAAAUCAAGUUGGUUCUUUCGUGUGGUCUCAUUUAACAAAUCUGGCUAAAUCAUCUUCUCCGGUCAAUAUUGCAGUUCAAAGCUUAUUACUGAAUGACGAUAUCUCUACAAAAUUUAAACUAGAUAUAAGAAAAUUUUCUCGGAACUACCAACAUACCUUAUUUUUUGACAAAUACAAUUUAGGCACCACCACAGACAUGAAUAUAAUUUUUGGUACUGAGUCAUAUCUACCACGGAUGGCGACGCUGAACUUAACCACCUACCUUUUCGGACAUUCGGUUAACAUAUUUGAAAUUACAGCAAGAGCUGAGGGCUUUGAGCAAUUAUUCAUUGCCAAUUUUAAGCCUGAAAAAUUUUUCAAUCAGUACAGCUUAUUUAGCAAGAGAGGAAUAAAUCCCUUAAUUGACAUUAUCUACAACUGGCUUAGUAAAAACAAUACAGAAAAUGAUGCUGCUUCAAAAAGUUCGACCAACACUGGAAGUCAAUGCAAUCCUAAAACCGCUCUCAAACGAAAGCCAUUUGAGAAUCAUACCAUGGGUCAUGAUAAUUGUGGAUAUAAAAUAUAUAGUUCGAAUGAUUCAAUAUCAAUAAAAGACGUAAAUGAUCGUAAAACAUUAUUUCACAAAAGCAUUGAGCAUUUAGGUUACACACUUAAAUAUGACUACAAUAAUCCAGUGUUUCAAUUUGGAACACGUAUUUUUGGAAGUGAUUUACAUUUUUUCUCUUUAAAUGGAAUUCCCGAAUAUGCAGAACUGUCAAAGAAGUUAGAUGUUUUACAACAACUAUCGGAAUUUCUAUCAGGAAAGGAAAUAAUAUACACAAAAUCAAAGCUGUUCCUCGAUGCUUCAUACGUUAUUCCUCUUGCAGUAGGGUUACCUUUGUCAAUAGAUUUAUUCGGCGCAUCAUCUAUUGAUCUGCGUACAUCAUGCAAGUUGGAUUAUAAAAAUCCCGAUUCUUCCGAUUUGAAUUUUGAUAUCAAAGGUAUGAUUAAACCUACAAUAUUGGUUGAUAUGGUAGGAAGCAUGAGUUCUGAUAUGUUCUAUGCACAGUCUGGAGUUAAAGUGAAGUCUACUAUGUAUACGAACUUCGAGGUUGCAGGCGAACUAAAAGUUCGCGGGAAGAAGUCGGUUACAUUUUCAUUAAGUUUGCCCCAAAAUGCUACUGAUAUUUUUACUGUUCACUCAGAAUUGCUGAAAAUUUCGCGGAGCGCCGACGAAUAUCAAACUGGUAUUAAAAGCCGUAGAUCGAAUUCUAGCUGCACAUGGCCAUUGUUUGAAACAGCUACCGCGCUGAAAGUGUGCCUCGAUUACAGUGUUCCAAAUUUAAAUAAUGCUAAAAAAAUUACUUAUCCAGGCUUAUUGCUGAGUGGUCCAAUGAAUUUCAGCGUAUCAUUAGCAAAAUCUGACCUGACAGCCAAAAACUGGAUGUUUCAGUACACAUAUGAUCAACAUCGUAACGGCUCGAACUGGGCUGUUCUUUUCUUUACGCCUGGAUCUUCAUUUGAACGUUCGAUUACUGCUAAUGUCAGUACUCAACCUGAAAUCUUAAAUGCUUCCCUUUUAUUCGUUCAUGGACUCAGUAAGGUUUCUUCCAUGUGCCAACUUAUCGGAACUAAUAUUUACAGACGGUUUAAUUUCUUACUGGACACGAAUGGAAACCGAAGCCUCGACUUUAGCAUAGAACUUAAGCGAAAGGAAGAACGAAAUGUGUUGGUAUAUAAACCAAAAAUGUUACUUGCCAUAAAUGGUGUUAAUAUAACCGGAGCUGUUGGUACAGUUCGAACAUAUGUGAAAAGCGGCAUAGUACAGAAUGAUAUGGACUUUUCAUUUGAGACUCGCAAGUUGCAAAUGCUCAUUCGAGGACUCCUUGCACAGAGCGAAGUUACUAAAUCCGUUAAUAUCACUGUGAAUUAUAGGCACCGAAGCAAAGAUUUGAGUAAAGCUGAUGCCAGAUAA